UAGCUUUGUGUUGUUGGCUUUGGAACAUCUGUGGGUUGGAGAUUCAACAGCGCUAAGAACCUGAUAUGUCCUGUUAUAGUUUUGCCAGGACCCUGUUUGCAGAGCCACCCAUAUGAGUGCAGCAUCACUCAUCCUGUGUUUUUGUAGAUUGUGUAAAUUUAAUCUGCUGGAAUUGAGAAAGACACAGAGAACCCAGAACAUGAAGCAAGAACUGAACAGCUGCCAUGGAUUCACUGGUGAAUAUGUAUCAGGACUUCAUAAAGGGAGCAGAUCCCCGAAUUAGUUCAUAUCCACUUAUGGGCUCACCUUGGCUCGCAACUGGUAUCUUAUUGAGCUAUGUGUACUUUGUACUAUCACUUGGGCCACGGCUCAUGGCCAACCGGAAGCCUAUGAACCUCAAGACAUUCAUGAUUGUUUAUAAUUUCUCCAUGGUAGCAUUGUCGCUCUACAUGGUCUAUGAGUUCCUUAUGUCAGCGUGGUUGACUGAAUAUACUUGGAGAUGUGACCCUGUGGAUACUUCUCUGAGACCCAAUGCCCUCCGAAUGGUUCGUGUGGCUUGGCUCUUUAUCUUCUCGAAGUUCAUUGAACUGAUGGACACAGUGAUCUUUAUCUUAAGAAAGAAGAAUGAUCAGGUGACUUUCCUCCAUGUGUUCCAUCAUUCAGUGCUACCCUGGAGUUGGUGGUGGGGUGUCAAGUUUGGCCCAGGAGGAAUGGGCUCUUUCCAUGCUAUGGUGAACACUAUAGUACAUGUGGUAAUGUAUUUUUAUUAUGGGGUCUCAGCUCUUGGCCCUGCAUACCAGAAGUAUCUUUGGUGGAAGAAGCACAUCACUGCCAUUCAGCUGCUGCAGUUUGUGCUCGUCUCAGUCCACAUCUCUCAGUAUUACUUCAUGCCUGACUGCGAUUACCAGUUCCCAAUCUUCAUCCAUCUCAUCUGGAUUUAUGGUGUUAUCUUCUUCAUCCUCUUCUCCAACUUCUGGUACCAGUCGUACACCAAAGGCAAGCGUCUGCCCAAGGCCAUGCCAAAAACCCAGCAGAAUGGCUUCCAUGAGAACGGUGCCAUUGCUAAUGGCAAAGCUAAAGCCAACUAGCGGGUGGGCUCAAGGUGACCCGGACCAACCGGCCCCAUGUCUGAGCCUGUUAGCCAGACCAAGUGCCUACAGACUGUUGUCUUGCAGUUCCAAGCCACCUUUCCAACUGCCCUGUUAUCCCUCGUUGCCUGGCCUUCACCUGUCCUAGGGGAGAAAGGCCGCCUGGGCUGUCGGUGCUGGAUCCAGCCCAAGGUCUCCAAAGUGCCUGUGUCUGCCCUGGGCUGGGCUCCUUCCAGAGCUGGACCAAAGCAGAACCCUGCCAGAUGGGGCACAUCUAUCCAUUUAGUUCUAUGUACUCCAUGUGAUCCAGGUGGGAUUUUUUUGUUCCUUGCUCUCCAAGUUUGUGCUGCCCUUUGUUCACUCCAUUCUCUUUGCCCUAUUGGUGCCCUGCCAUUCAUACUUGAAUGUGGGUGGUCCCUUGUUCCUGUGGGGCCCAACUCUUCCUGAGAAUUUCCCCCUGCUCUGUAUGCAGGUGGGGUGCUUCUAGGCCAAGGGUUUCAUUCCUACUACCUUGGUUAGCCUCAGUGUUCAUCCCUCCACAUAACUUCACAACUUUGGGUUGCUCUGAUCCCAGGACCUUAGCAAUAACUAUGGACUUUGUUCCCUAUGGGUUGAUGACCACAGACUUUGGCUGCACUGAGGCCCAGGGAGAAAAAAAGAGCUCUGCUGUCCAGCUUGCAUGCUGUUGCUCUGUGUGCCUUUUUAUUAUUAUUAUUAUUAAAUUUGCUGCAUGGAGCAGUAUCUUCCUGUAUUGUAAACCUUGGGGGAAAACCCCUCAGGGGAAGGUGCCUUCCUCCUAUCCGAGUUUCCCACUUGUAUUCACAGAAAUAAAUGGACAGAAAGAGA